AUGAGUGAGCAAGAAGCAUCCAACCACAACCCUUGCUUGGCAUUUCAUUGGUCGGAUUCACAGGCAAAAACGGUAGAAGUGGUUUCAUCAUUGAAUGAAUGGAAGCUCCCUGGAUUCAAGCUUGAGCGGUAUUCCUAUGGAGAGUUCGCCUGCUUUUUAGGACAGCAAGAGCCUUUCGAUAAAAUCUACUUUAAAUUUGUUAUCGAUGGCUCCAGGUGGGAAGUCAACCGAAACCUCCCAGUUUUCGUUGAUGAAUUCGGAAACGAAAAUAAUCGCUGGACCCCCCAACAGGCUACUGAUCAUCAUGAUGCUCUCAUAUUACAUGUUCAGAAACAGCAGACUUUAUCAAGGGUUGACAUGGGAGAGCUCUGCAGACUAGCUCUUGCUGCUCAUGGCCUGUAUGAUCAAUAUUACAAUGAGUUAGAGUGCAUCGUCGACAGGAUAGUGUCCGACACCGGUCGACUUACUCUUCCAAUAUCAGGAACUUUGGAGGUGUUUGUUUUGUUACGGUUUCAGCCAAGGAAACAUGUAUUCAUUUCGAACCAAUUUGAAAGAAACGGAAAACACAGCAAUUCCGAUGAUGUUUGGGUAGCCGCAUUUCCAGCUGAUACCAGUUCAAAUCCAUAUUUACCUCUCUCUGUGAGCCUCAGUAGCUCAGAGAAAGAGAGAAGAAUGGAGAGCGAGUGUGCUACGUUACGGUUUCUCAAAGAGCAUACAUCACUUCCUGUCCCUGAAGUGUUUUCGUACGACGUCCGGUACCCUCCAGUCAAAGAUUUAACUUGGGAGCAGAAAGCGCAUGACAAGCGUGCUGGUAUAAUCAACAAAGUUGACUGGCCGUUUAUCUUGAUGGAAAAACUUGGAGGCUUGUCAUUUCAGCAGUAUUGGUCACUCGUUGGAAAUCCAAGUGAACAAAAUCCAGAUCUAAAAGAUCUUAACAUGAGGCGGCAAAAGAUCUUUGAGCAACUGGCGAUGUAUCAGUUGGAACUGGCAAAGCAUCCAAUUGCGGCAUGCGGGUACCUAACUCUCAAUCUUAGUUACUGGCACAGACCGGAUAAAAACUCUCGCACGCCAAAGUCAUCAUUUGGAGUUCGUCCUUGUAUCUUUGAUACCUGUAGACCCUUUACAGACUCUGUUGUUGCUGCUUUUCCCGAUCGUCGGGCAAGAUUAUGCUUCCCGUUGGCAAAUCCAACCAAUUGUCUAAGUUCCAUCACAGCCCGUUUUAACCACCUUUUCUCUCACAACUCAAAACGCCCCCGAAUAAUCAGUGACCCCACAGUGGAAACCGAAAAAGAUCAUUUUAUUGCCCUCGAACAAAUGCGGUCUCUCGUAUUUGAAACCCUUGGCCUAAAUUAUGAGACUGGUCCAUUUAUUCUCCAACAUGCCAACUUAUUCCCACAAAACAUCUUUCUCACUGCCAAUUCCGAGAAAGAUUUUAAGAUAAGUGGGAUUAUCGAUUGGGAUUUUGCAUCCUCAGUUCCAAUUCAGAUCAGUGCGUGUCCUCCCCGCAUGUGCUUGGGUCGAUUACAAAUUGGAAACGAGAACGAUGUUCAGGAAGCCCAAGCCUCUAGCAUAUUUCAUUCACCAAUAUUUCCGCAGAACGUGCUUGGGAUGCAAAGAACAGAGUAUUUUGCGUGUUUGAAACGAAUCGAAAACAUUCUAGAGGGGAAGGAGGGACGAGGGCUCGCUGUAUGUCGGGAUUCUACAGGGGAUAAAGGGCACUUGUCCGAGGUUUUGAGACAAGAAAUGGUCCUACCUGUGUAUAUUUUGGACGAAAUUUGCAGUACAUCUCUGCAAGCCCUUACCGGAAGGGUUGCUCACAUUUACCUACCACUGAUCUUUGAAAUGAUAAGAGGUCACAAAUGGGACAACGUUAAGAAUGCUAUUUUGAGUGAUGGAGCAAUGCAUUAUGCAGUAGAAAAGUGGGAGAAGGGGCAAGAGGACUGGAAUCAUCAUCAGUCGUUUGUCUUGCAGACCGAAUGUUCAGAUCAACUAGCCGCUUCGAAGGAAGAGUGCUUGGAUGAGGUGGCUACUUCGCUGCCAGGAUGCUUGGAUUCAGAUUUCUGA